AUGGAUGAAGAUUCAAUAGAAGACGCCCCAUUCCCACCCCCGAAGAUUUAUAUUUCGAGUUCAUUACCAGGUUCUUCUGUACCCAUUAGAGCUCCCCUUACGAUUGAUUCAGAUUCUGAAUUCUAUUUAUCAAACAACGAUCAGAUUUACUCACGAACUAGCAGCUUUAAUAGCACUAACAGUAUUGAUAUCAGUAGUUAUGGCGAUGAGCAUACCACUGUUCAUGACGAAGAAGAUGAAACUUUUGUAGCGUACUCAGAUGAAGAAAUUUCGAUAGAAACUUGUCGUGUUAAAGAAUACUCAUUUACUACCCCUUGCGUGAAAUACCCAGAUGGAAAUCAUCUUAGCGAGCGUAGUAAUUUUGAAGAAUCCGCCAUUUUUAGGCCGCUUGUGAAAACCCCAUGUGAAGAAAGUAGCAGUGUUGCUGAUCUUCGUAUCAAUUUGGGUGUGCCUGUUGCUCCUUUGACCAGAGACUGUGACAGUGACAUUGAUUCCGUGGAAAGUGGCCGGUCGUUUGAUUCAGGCGAGAUUCCGGCUGAUGGGAUUGAUCAGAAGGUUACUAUAUCCCCUAAAGUUCGAAUCUUUAGUGGUGAUGAAGAUGAGGUUGAAGUAGAUAAAGAGUCGCAGUUUGAAGGUAUGUUUUCUGAUGAUAGUAUCAAUAGUAUCCAUGGAUUAAUCACUGCCAUGAAGGAUUCUAUUUUAGUAGAAUCAAUUGAGGAGGAGGAACAUAAAGCUGAUUGCUUGAAUGUGGUUGAUUCUCAGAGAAUUGAUGAAGAGAUUCUCUCAAAUUCACUAAAUGAAAUUGAAAUCGAAGAUUCACAGAGAAUUGAUGCAGCGAUUCUCCCAAAUUCAGAAAACGAAACUGAAAUUGAAGAUUCACAGAGAAUCGAUGCAGAGAUUCUCCCAAAUUCAGAAACUGAAAUUGAAAUUGAAGAUUCACAGAGAAUCGAUGCAGAGAUUCUCUCAAAUGAAAUUGAAAUCGAAAAUGAGUCCAAGAAAGCCCUAAGUGAAAAGGAAGAAGAAACACAGGUAGUAAUCCAACCAAUAAAAUCAAAGUUACUAAAUCUCAUUCAUCUUCUUGGUUUAUCAAAACAAGAUUCAACCUUUCUCCACAGACUUACCCUCAGAAACACCAAGUUUGACUCAAAUUUGACCAUUUUAGUCAUAGGAAAAACCGGAGUAGGCAAAACAGCAACUAUAAACUCCAUUUUUGGAGAAACCAAAGCCACAACAGAUCCAUUCAAUCCAUGUACAUCUUCUGUUCAAGAAAUACUUGGCAACAUAGAUGACAUUCAUCUCAAAAUCAUCGACACACCAGGUUUUCGAUGUUCCCCUUAUGAAAGAUCUUAUAACCUAAAAAUUCUCUCAAACAUAAAAAGAUUCAUUCAAGAACACUCCCCAGAUGUUGUGCUUUAUGUUGAUAGGUUAGACAUGUACACAAUGGACCAUAAUGAUUCACAUCUAUUAAAGCUAAUUACAAGCUCACUUGGAUCCUCAUUGUGGAGAAAUUGUAUCAUUUCUCUUACUCAUGCGUGUUCUAAUGAUCAUGAAUCCAUGGGUGAAUUUUUGUUGCAAAGAUGUCGGUUUUUACAACAAGAAAUUGUUAGAUUUGGAAGUAGUGAUUGGGGUAUGGGAAAUCCAGUGUGGCUUGUUGAGAAUCACAUGGGUUAUAAACAUGAUAGAAGUUGGAGAAAUCGGCUUUUUGGAAAGGGUAACGAGUGGAAUUGUGUUAUGCCAUUUGAGAUUGUGGAAAAUCGGAUUAAGAAAGGUUUUAUUGAAGGAGAUGGUUAUUGUUUGAAGGUUUUUGGAAUGAAACGUUGGUCUUUUGCAUGUCGAUUGUAUUCUUAG